CCAAAAAAAAACAGGUUCAAGGGCUCCCACUACUCUUUUUACAAGCCAGCCAUAACAUACUACUGUAACAAGCUCUGAAAACGUCUGCGACGCUACUUCCCAUCCUUGGAAUAUCUGUAACUCUGUAUGGCCAGACCUCUGUAUGGUAUAAUUCACCUUUAACCAUUCAUCAUUUCAGUGUUAUAUUAACGGGGAAUCGUGGAAGGAAGAAUGAGGGGGCAAGUAGUCCUGUUUGGUGAUUCCAUAACGGAACAAUCCUUCCGACAAGGUGGUUGGGGCGCUGCUCUUGCCAAUGCCUAUGCUCGCAAGGCCGAUGUGGUUCUUCGCGGUUAUGGCGGUUACAACACUAAGUGGGCUUUGUUCUUGCUCCAUCACAUUUUCCCUCCGGACUCAGGUAGACCUCCAAUUGCUACAACAAUUUUCUUUGGUGCUAAUGAUGCAGCCUUGUCAGGAAGAACCAGUGAAAGGCAGCAUGUAUCUAUCGAAGACUACAAGCAAAAUCUUAGAAAAAUUGUUCUACAUUUAAAGGAAUGUUCUCCAACCAUGCAAAUUGUGCUUAUUACUCCACCUCCAGUAUGUGAGGAAGGGCGCCAUGCAUAUGCAAAAUCCUUGUAUGGUGAAAAUGCAAUGAAAUUGCCAGAAAGAACAAAUGAAGUAACUGGUCAAUAUGCGAGUGCUUGUGUUGAAACAGCCAAGGAAAUGGGUGUGUUUUCUGUUGAUCUGUGGUCCAAGAUGCAAGAAACAGAUGGCUGGCAAAAGAAAUUUUUGAGUGAUGGGUUGCACCUGACACCGGAUGGGAAUGCAAUAGUGUACCAAGAAGUGAUAAAGAUUUUCAAUAAAGCAGGGCUUUCUGCUGAUAAUAUGCCACUUGAUUUUCCUCAUCACUCAGAAAUUGAUGCCAAAAAUCCCGAGGGAGCUUUUCAGCAGAAAUGUUUUUGAUGUUACCUAUAGUUUUGGUUUGUCUAUUUAUCCCGUUAAUAAUCAUCUAUCAACUGAAAAAGCAUCCACGUUAUUCUUUUGAAAGAAUCGUGGAAAAAAAAAUGAGGGGGCAAAUCAUGCUCUUUGGUGAUUCCAUAACUGAGCAAUCCUUC